ACGCUGAGAUGAAAUUACGCACCGAUGGACAUUGCGCGCACCAAGCUCCAAAGUGGACAGCUGCGAACUUUGAACAGCUUUAAAUAAAACAUUAAAAACAAAAGCCUCAGCAAAAGGAUUAUCUCACCUUGUACUCCGUCCAAAUACGCGAACAUAGCGUGGGAUUUUGUGUUUUUUUUUAAACGCCAGAUGGAAAGGCACGCAGUCUGUUUUUCUAUGCUUCCGAUUUGAGAAUAAUGGACCUCUAGUUGGAGUGGAAGAAGAAAACUUACUGUGCGCUAGUCCUGAUAAACCCGUAUGUCAUGUGGGAGGAAAAUAAUUUGGCAGAGCCGAACGUUUGUCCUGACCGUGAAGAAAGUCCCGCAGAAGACACUUUUGGAUUUGGAGAUGAUCUGGAGUUAAAUCAGUUCGAUGGAUUGCCCUUUUCCUCGCGUUACUACAAGUUACUGAAGGAGAGGAAAACUCUGAGUGUGUGGAAGGUCAGAUGUCAGUUUGAGGAUGCUCUUGCAAACAACCAGCUGGUUAUUGUGUCCGGGGCAGCAAAGACUGGCAGGAGUACACAGAUCCCUCAGUGGUGUGCAGAGUUCUGUCUGUCUGCCCAGUAUCAGCAUGGUAUGGUUGUGUGCACUCAGACCGGCAAACAGCAGGCUGUAGAUCUGGCCUUGCGUGUCGCUGAUGAAAUGGACGUCAACAUAGGCCAUGAAGUUGGUUACACCAUCCCUCUGGAGACCUGCUGCUCCUCUGACACUGUUUUGAGGUACUGCACUGAUGAUAUGUUGCUGAGAGAGAUGAUGUCUGACCCUUUUCUUGAGCACUACGGGGUCAUAAUCAUUGACCAGGCCCAUGAAAGGACGGUUGGCACAGACAUUCUGCUGGGUCUCCUCAAGGACAUCCUGCUGCAGAGGCCUGAGCUCAGGGUGGUGGUUCUCACUGUGCCGCCCAUGACAGACAAGCUUCUGAGACAUUAUGGCAGUGUCCUGCAUAUCAGUCUAGAGUCCUCAUGCACUGCUGAAGUUGUGCACAGCAACAACGGCAACAAAGACUACUUCUACUCAACACUGAGACUCGUGCUGGAGAUCCAUCGGACCAAAGAGGGUGGAGAUGUUUUCGUAUUUUUAGGCUCAGCUGAGGAGGUCCACUGUGCCUAUAGUAUACUCCAAAGAGAAGGGACCAGGUUGGGUGGACAGUUGGGACAAAUGGUACUUGUAGUCCUGUGCUCAGGCCAAGGAGGGCUACUUCCUGUCCUGCCUGAGCAGUCAUGCUCCACAAAGUCCAGAAAGGUUUUUCUCAGUACCCGUCAAGGUGAGGAUGCAUGGUGGGCUACAGAGUCUGUCAAAUUUGUCAUUGACACAGGAGUCCAGAAGAAAAUGGUGUACAAUCCGAGAGUAAGAGCUAGCUCAGAGGUUCUUCAACCCAUCAGUCAAUGCCAGGCAGACAUUCGCAAGCAGCUGUCUGGACCAUCAGGUAAAUGCUUCUGCCUGUAUCCAGAAGCAAGCCUAACUUCUGCAGAGAACUCCCCACAGAUCUUGGAGUCCAACAUUACACCGACAGUUCUUUUCCUCAAAAGGAUGGAGAUUGCAGGCCUUGGACAGUGCAGUUUCAUCGACAGACCAGAUCCAGAGGGUCUCAUGCAGGCACUGGAGGAGCUCGAUUACCUUGCAGCUUUAGACGAUGAUGGCAACUUGUCUGAAAUUGGCAUCAUAAUGUCUGAAAUCCCUCUGGAACCUCAGAUGGCCAAAGCGCUGCUAGCAUCCUGCGAGUUUGACUGUGUGAGUGAGAUGCUGACAAUCACAGCCAUGUUGUCAGCACCAAGCUGCUUUGUGGAGCCGCCUGCUGCCAUGAGCCACGAGGCAGUCCAGUGUCACAGGAAGUUCCAGCACCCUGAAGGAGAUCACUUCACCCUCAUAAACAUCUACAACGCCUACAAACAAAACCAGAGAGAACAAUAUUUGACUACUGAAAAGUGGUGCCAGGACUAUUUUCUAGAUCAUUCUGCGUUGAGGACAGCCGAUUCCAUUAGAUCAGAGUUGACUGACACACUGAACAGAAUUGAGCUCCCCAUUUCUGAACCCUCCUUUGGAACCAAGACUAACACUCACAACAUCAAAAGAGCUCUGCUGGCUGGAUUCUUCAUGCAGAUUGCUCGAGAUGUGGACGGAUCAGGCAACUACUUCAUUCUUGCACAUAAGCACAUGGCUCAGGUGCACCCACACUCCUGCUACGGGGCUCAGUCACACAAGCUGGGACUGCCUGAGUGGGUUGUUUUCAAUGAGUACAUCCUUUCAGAAAACUGCAUGAGAAUAGUCUCGGAAAUUUCCCCGCAAGUGUUCGUUGAAAUUGCACCACUGUACUUCUUCUACAAUCUGCCCCCUAGCGAAAGCAAAGAUAUACUGCAAGACAUGUUGGAUCCACAGGGAUCCAAAAACCGCAAAGAGAAGAAACAGGAAGCUGCAACAACAAGUGGUGACGUAAACAGUGGCUGUGCAGCAGUGACACAGACGUAUGACAGAUGUAUGAUUCAGUAAACUGAAAAAUCACAAAUUUAGACUGCAAAUGCAUGAAUGCUUGUAAGACAUUUGUAUAAUUAAUACAGUAAAGCUUAAUUUAUUACAUUAAAUUACUCAUGUGUACUACCCAAUGUGCUUACAGUGCUGAGAAGGCAAAGAUGUCUGUGCUGUAAAUAUAGAAAAGUUUGCAGUUUAAUAGUUGUGAUCUAAAAACAAUGAGUGAGGGGGUUUUCCGCAACACUGCUUAGGUGUGGACUUUAUGCGCACUGUCAUUUGAUAUACCUCACAGGCAAAA